UCGGGGGCCUUCGAUGCCUGCGCCGCGUCAGGCAGCACGCCGGGCAGCCCGGGGCCAUGGCGGCGGCGCUGGCGGUGGCUGUAGCGGCGGUGGGAGCGCGCAGCGCGGGGCGGUGGCUGGCGGCGCUGCGCAGCCGGGGCGCGAGCAGAGCGGCCAUGUCUUCGGAUGCGCAGUGGUUGACGGCAGAGGAGAGGGACCAACUUAUUCCUGGCUUGAAAGCAGCAGGGUGGUCGGAACUGAGUGAGAGAGAUGCCAUCUACAAAGAGUUCUCCUUCAAAAACUUCAAUCAGCCCAUGAACAUUUCCUCAGACUCUGGCCCCCUUGGAGACUCAGCCUUCACAGAUAAUGUCCACGCCGCCGGGAGGCACUGGGUCGCAAUCCUGUCAGCAGACAUUCUUCUAGAAAUUCCGCUCCCCAUGUAUUUACUCGGCCUGAAUACCACAGUGCUGUGUCCAGUGCCUUCCUACCGUUUCUUCCUGGGCGUAUUUCAUCUUCUCAGAGAUUCCUAAAGCUGCCCAGGGUCCUGCUCUGACCCUGCUGUGCUCAUGAAACCCCCUCGUGGACAUGGAAACAAAGAGCCAUCUCCGCCAAGAUGUCAUCUGACCUCUAUCCAUGCGUCACAGCAUGUGCCAACCCUCACAAUGUGAUAAUUAACCAAAGACCAAAGUGAGAAGGGAGGGACCCGUUCUCAGACGGGUUCUUGAGACACACGAAAAGUGACCACCAAAGGAUGGCGCUGGGUGGAGCAGCUGCCUGUCAGCGAGGAGCAUGAGGAGCAUGGCGAGGACGGGUAGGGGUGAGGGCAGCUGCGAGCCCACGUGGAGCACAUCGGACCUGCUCUGGAUCCUCGGAGUCUGUUGUCUCUUUCUUCUUUUAGGCUUUAGUCCUUGAGUUAUCCUUCCACGUUGAUGUCAUCCUUUUGCUUCGUUUGGAGGCCAAGCAUUUGCCUCUUGGUGCUUUGGUGUUGACUCUGCAAAGUCAGAGCUAGAAAGGAGGAGAGGACCAGGACUGAGGAGUGAUGUGCUCUGCCAGAGUGACGCAAGCACGGGGGCAAGAGGAUGAGGGUAAGGACAG